AGGUAGUGGUGGCGGUGGGGUGUCAGUGAGUGCAAGUCUAACCGAAAGGGGAGGGCACAGAUGUAAAGAUAUUUAAGAUGUGGCUACAGCAGACCUUGAGUUAGAGGAGAGAGCAAAGGCCCUGGAAGAACAGCUGAGACAAAAAAAAAAAGCAGAGAGACAGCAAAAGAGUUUUCACUCGUACCUCCGAGACACUUGUUAGCCACCUGAGAGACACCACCAGACCAACUCGCAACUUUGCUACGAGACACCGAAACCAUUUUCUUAAGCCGAGUCCAUAAGAAGAGCUACAAUGAGGACACAGAUCAUCUCUGCUGCCCUUUUUCUUUUGGUGCUAGGCCUGACAUGGGCUCAGAACCCGUUAAAGAAGCGCACGGUUCCACCAAAAGCGACAAAGGCGCAGUGCUGCGAUGAUGUGCGAGCCUUGAAGGUGCAGGUGGCCAACCUCACCAGCCUGCUGGAGGAGCUGAGCAGGAAGCAAGAGGCAGAUCGGCUCACCUUGGUGAAGCAAGUGAUGGAGCUAGAAAAACUGAACCAGCAACAGGAGGCCAGAGUAACUGAAGCUGAAAGCAAGUAUUCAGAGAUCAACAACCGUGUGGACAUUAUGCAGUUUCAAGCGAUGCAGGGUGCCCCACAAACUACAUUAGAUGCAAUCUAUGACUGUGCAUCCCUGUACAACAGGAACUACAGAAUCUCUGGACUUUACAAAUUGCCCAAAGAUGAUUUUCUGGGAACACCUGAACUGGAGGUGUACUGUGACAUGGAAAAACAUGGAGGUGGAUGGACAGUCAUCCAGAGACGCAGAGUAGGUCUGACCAGCUUCAACCGGGACUGGAAGCAAUACAAGAAAGGCUUUGGUACAGUCACUGGCGACUUCUGGCUUGGCAAUGAGAACAUCUUUCACCUGACCCGGCAGCCCACAGUGCUCCGGAUAGAGCUGGAGGACUGGGAAGGUGCAACACGUUACGCCCAGUAUGCUUUCUUCACGUUGAGCAAUGAGCUGAACAGCUACAAGCUCUUUAUUGCCAACUAUACUGGGAAUGCUGGGGACUCCUUCCGCUACCACAACAACACCAACUUCAGCACCAAGAACAAGGACAACGACAAGUGCGUGGACGACUGUGCCCAACUUCGCAAAGGUGGCUACUGGUACAACUGCUGCACGGACUCAAACCUGAACGGUGUGUUCUAUCGCCAAGGGAUGCACACCAGGAACACGGAUGGCAUCACUUGGUACGGCUGGCACGGACCGAACUACUCCCUGAAACGGGUGGAGAUGAAGAUCCGACCACAGAGCUUCACUCCUUGAGUCAAAUUAACUGCCCCUGCUGACCGUAGCCACACGCAAACCUUAUGCAACACACACUAAUGCCUUCUGCCUUUAUCUGGGUAAAAAGCAUCUCUAUGCAUUUUUCUUACAGAAUGGUUCUGGAUUGAAUGUGUAAUGAGCGAUGUAUGAUUGUAAAGUGCUGUUUUGAUAUUUAUCUCAGAUAUUUUAUUUUCUUUCAGCUUUUUUUUUCCCUAGACUGUCCCACUGAGUUUGCCUCAUAUUUGGCUUGUGUUAAAUAAAAAAAAAAAAAAAAGGCAUGUUUAUCAGACUAAGUCACGUGUUUAAAUGAUUUUAGAAUGGAAACUUUGAUACUUUAUAUAAACUUUAAAAAAGAAAAUGUAAAUUUACUUUUGGUAAAUUGACUGAUAGAUUACACUGAAUUGUGUAAAAUGUAAAAUGUGUACAGUUCUAUAUACGA